AUGGCCGGAAAAAUGACGUUGUACAAGUUGGUGGUGCUUGGGGAUGGAGGUGUCGGCAAGACCGCACUCACAAUUCAGCUUUGCUUGAAUCACUUUGUCGAAACAUACGACCCGACGAUUGAGGAUUCGUACCGGAAGCAAGUGGUGAUCGAUGGCCAGUCUUGCAUGCUGGAAGUUCUGGAUACCGCCGGACAGGAGGAAUACACCGCAUUGAGGGACCAGUGGAUCCGCGACGGCGAAGGCUUCGUCCUUGUCUACAGCAUCACUUCGCGGGCAUCCUUUUCUCGGAUACAAAAGUUUUACAAUCAGAUCAAGAUGGUCAAGGAAUCCGCCAACUCCGGAUCGCCGUCCGGGGCCAGCUAUCUGGGCUCCCCCAUCCACGCGCCGUCGGGCCCAGCGUUGCCGGUCCCCGUGAUGUUGGUCGGCAACAAAAGCGACAAGGCUGUUGAGCGUGCCGUCUCCGCCCAGGAGGGGCAGGCCCUGGCCAAAGACCUGGGCUGCGACUUCGUCGAAGCGUCCGCCAAGAACUGCGUCAAUGUCGAGAAGGCCUUCUACGAUGUGGUCCGGAUGCUGCGGCAACAACGUCAACAGCAGCAAGGGUCCAAGUCCCAGGACCGACGGCAGACCGGAAUGGGUCCGAUGCGUGGAGAUAGCGGCGCCGAGUACCCCAAAUCGUUCCGACCCGAUCGUCAAGGGAAACGCAGGUUCUGCAACAUCCUCUGA